UAACAUUUGGGAAAGUAAGUCGAAAAGCGAACGGUGACAUUUCGGGUUGGUAAGCGGGCUAUUCUUAUGAGUGAAAACAAAGCAAAUGUCUUAAAGAACAAGCGAGAAGAUUAACACAAAGAACUUUGUUAAUGAAUCUGCUCUGACUUGGGAACCAUAGAUGAAGAGAUGGAUUCUCAAAAAAGUGUGACAGCUGAAGUUGAGCCAGAGUGUAUUAAGAGUGAAAUUCCCAGUGCAAACUUUGUAGAUGAAAAAGAUGAGCUCUUUCAUGGACCUCAAACAUGUGAGACUACAAAAGCUAAUGCAGUUACAGAAGACAUGCAAGAUGAUGUCCCCUCUCAGAAUUCCAUGAGCUGUGGGUCUGCUGGUGACCUGGGUGAAUCUGGCUAUGUUAGCUGUAAAAGCAGCUUGUUUCAAAUGCAGUGUUCCAGUGGGCAGAAAACUAAAAGGACAAGUUUCCCUGGUCCACACACUGUUCAAACAACAUGUUUUGCUGCACAUUCUCCCAAUCCCAAACUCACCCUGUGUCUUAGUAGUACUCCCAAGAAAAAUUCAGGUGAUGAGGAAAUGCUGAGUCCUGACAGUCCCAACUGUAAAACCAUGAUGGUCAUAAACUCUGUGGACAAGGAUCACGAUGUCACUGCCUCAGCAGAAGAUUUUGGCAUUGCCCAGGCUCAGGUAACUGGAUCUCAGCGAGACUUAAACUGUGGAGGUUUGGCCAAAGAAAGAAUAUGUGUGGAUGCCACAGGAACUGAGGAAGCUGAGCUAGCUGAAUGCAGUGGCUCAUCUGAUGUCAGUCAGGCCUUAACUGGAAGCCAGUCAGAUCCAGAUUGUGAAAGGAUUUCAUUACCAUUACAUGACACAGACAGACGAUGGUUGGGAACACCCAUUGAUGAAUUAAACAGAAUGCCCCAGUGUGCCCCACCUCUGCCCCACCUGAAGGCAGGUCCGAACCACACCGUUGCAGUUAGGACAGAUCUGCUGAGAGAGGCAGAGGUCCCUGUUCCAUUCCCUUCUAAGUUCAAGGAUGCUUGGGAUGAUAUGUCUGUGAAGAUGCCCUGCUCUGAGAAGAACCUCUUUCCUGUGGAGAAUGAGGACCGAGGUACUGUCCAGAGUCGCUGGGAGCUUAUCCAGAGUGCCUUGCGAGGGGGAUUUAAAAGCUCUCUGGAUGUGAGGGAUGCAAUCUUGCGAUACAACACAGGCCAUGCAAAGAGAUGGGACUUCACUGCACUCAACCUUCUUUGCACAGAGUGCCUUGAGCAUUGUGAGGUGCAACAGCUAUUUGAAGUCAUACUACCAGCCAUGGUAGACUUGGCGCUCAGUGCUCCUCGGCUCUGCACAAUGCCCAUUCUCCUACUGAAGGCGAGAACAAACCAUUCCUUGACCCUGUCUCAGGAGCAAAUAGCCUGUCUUCUAGCCAAUGCCUUCUUCUCCACGUUUCCACGACGUAACUCGCGCAAGUCAGAGUACUGCAACUAUCCUGAGAUCAACUUCUACAGGUUAUUUGAAGGCUCGUCACCAAGAAAAAUUGAGAAACUGAAAACUCUGCUGUGUUACUUUAGGAGAGUUACAGAAACCAGGCCAAAGGGUCUUGUUACAUUCACAAGACAAGUCUUGUCCAACUUUCCAAAGUGGGAAAGUUCUCAAACUCAGCUGACACGCCUUCAUAUCACCUGUGAGGGGACGAUUGAGGAGGGUGGAUAUGGGAUGCUGCAGGUGGACUUUGCAAAUAGGUUUGUAGGGGGAGGAGUAACAGGACAUGGACUGGUUCAGGAAGAGAUCAGGUUCAUCAUCAAUCCUGAACUCAUUGUGUCUCGACUCUUCACUGAAGCUUUGGAAUACAAUGAAUGUCUCAUUGUUACAGGUACUGAACAGUACAGUAAAUAUACAGGCUAUGCUGAGAGUUACAAAUGGAAUGGAAGCUUCAAGGAUGAGACUCCGAGGGAUGAGUGGCAGAGAAGAUGUACAGAAAUUGUGGCCCUGGAUGCUCUUAAAUACAGACACUUCUUAGAACAAUUUCACCCUGAGAAGAUGACCAGAGAACUCAACAAGGCAUACUGUGGAUUCUUCAGAAAUGAUGCCAACGGGCAGCAACUAUCUGCAGUAGCCACCGGCAACUGGGGUUGUGGAGCAUUUGGUGGAGAUACAAGGCUCAAAGCACUGAUUCAGUUGAUGGCCGCAGCAGAGGCCGGGAGAGAUGUGGCGUACUUCACGUUUGGAAACACUCAGCUUAUGAGAGAUAUUUAUGACAUACACACUUUCCUCAGCGGGAGACAAGUUACCGUGGGGAGGCUGUACGUCCUUUUGAACCAGUAUUCCACUUUGGUUUGUAAGAACUGUCGCACAACUCAACCCAAUGUCAGUCUCUACAGUUUCAUUGAAAAGAUGGUCUCCUCCGCCGUUCCCGAUGCCUCAGAGUCUGCCAAGGAUUCUGGGAUAUCCCCUGUAAAGUUGGACUCUCAUUAACAUGGUGAGAGCUGCAAAUGAAUCUCCCGUCGGUCUCUAAUGCUUCUCUCACACACACACACAACAAAAAUAAUGUGCCAGUUGUUUAUAAUGCACGUGAUUGCAAUGUCAUCGCAAUGAUGGGGCAGGUAGCAGUCGCUGAUGGAGCGUCGAUUUGCAAGUAUUUAUGAUUACAAAUGCACCAUCGUUCUUAAAAUUAUUUCAGUAAAUGUUUGAUUUUUAUCAGGAUUACACAAAAACUACUGAACUGACUUUCUUGAAACUUGGUGGAAGGGUGAGGUAUUUCUUUAACAUUGCCAGAGGCCACAUUUUCCAACAUUGUAAAUUUUUUUUUUUGGGGGGGGGGAGUAGACAUGUGUAGAGUGCUAAUGUGUAAGAAAAGGUGAGGUUUGAUCCCCCCCCCCCGAGUGUCUUUCGAGAUUUUUUUUUUUUUUUUUUUGUGUGUGUGUGUAGGUGGAUCUUCAACCUCCAUCGAAUAAGUAGUAAGCAUAAGUAGUAAGCAUGCACACUGUGAGUUUCCGUACAAGGCGGUGCUAAUGCACAUUCUAAGCAGGCACGGACAGCGUGUGGCGACUGAUGACAGCUUUGCUUUUAAUGCGCAUAUAGCUUGCGGUUUGCCAAAUAUAUUUAUUUUUUUAUGUUUUUUUUCCUUUACAUUUUGAAAAAUUGGGAUAACUUUGCAUCAGCUGUGAUGCCAUUGCAAAGUCGGCGAUUUGAUCCCAAAUGAAUGCAAAUUGGUUGUUGCCCGUGUGAGCGAAGCUUUAGGUUCCUUAAACCCAGUGUGCUUAGUUUUGUGCUUAUAGUCAUCUUCUCUAACACACUCCCUUUAAUUUUGUGAUCUCACCACACAUGCUACCAAAACACAGUUUUGCCUUUCUGGACAGUGUUACUACACAACCUUAGUGUGAAUUUUUCAAAUGUACUGAUUGUGUAAUUCAGAGACUUAUAGCAAUAGUACAUCUGGGUUCCUCUUAGGCAUUUCUUAGUCCAAAUGUGAUGUGGAAAAUGUAGUUUGUAUAUGAAAGAUGAAACCGAAAUACAGCCAAAUACUUAUCCUGCGAAUGUUGUUGGGACACUUUUCAUUAUUGGUAAUAACAGGACAUGACGAUUCUUAGUGUUCAAGGUUUGUUUUUUUUUUGUUUGUUUUUUUAUGAUGAUGAUUUAUCAAAUUUACAGCCUGAGGCAGUGGUGAGAUUCCUGAACACAGGCAGUUGAGAUUCAACACUAUAGACUAUGCAUGGGUAACAUUUAUUUCUCAAAUAUUCUACAGUAUAUGCUGCUUUUUAUUUGUUGAAGUUUAAAUAUGCCCGUGACAGAUGUAUCUUUAUGGCUUAUUUUACUGAGUCAACUAUUAAAGGAAAGGUAACUCUUGUGAGAAUCAUAUGGUAGCCGAGAGAGACCACAACACUAUCAAAUUAAGACAGCACGAGCAAAUGCAUAAAAUGCUUUAAAAAAUCCCCCCACUAUCACUCAAUUCAACAACAGGAACAUGCAUCAAAACCCUUAAAAAAACAAAAAAAAAAAACUCGCAAAUACAAACAACACACAUAACCUAUAGCACAU